AUGGCGGACGCGAUGGUGGAGGAGCCGGCGACAACAACGCGUGCGGGACGCGUGAUAACACCCUCAACGGCCUCGGGCAGCGACAACAUCAGCGCUGUUAGAACGUCCAAGAAAUCAAUGACCCAAGUGGAAUUAACAGCGGUAAAGAAAGCCGCUGGCCUUAUUGAGGAGAAACAGAGCGGCAAAGACGGAAACAGGGACAUGCUUAAAAAGAUAGGCCAGUACCUAGAAAGCACCUAUCAAGAGGUCAAAGGGCUGAAAGAAGUCCUUAUUAAACAAGAGAAAAUGAUCAAGGAACAGUCUGAAAUGAUCCGGGAACAGAGCAGCACAAGUCAAGCGCUGCAGACCCAAGUGGAAGCAAUCCAAAGCCAAUCUAUGGAAGAAUGCAAGCAACUCUGGGAGCGGCUGAACACUAUCGCGAGUACUCCAGCCAAGGCAAACUACGCGGCUGUAGUUGAUAGACAAUCCGGUCAUCAACAAGAUACGCCAUUAGUCCCUCUAGCCCCUCCUACAUUGGCUAAUACGUUAUUCUGCACAAUCGACACGUCUCGUGUCGAAGAAGGAGACGAAGCGAAAGCCCAGAUAGCUAGUAUCAGGCAACAGAUUGAGAAAAAGAUGCAAGGAAGCGAGGAAACGAAAAAUUGGCGCUGUGCAGCAAUGAUCAAGGACCCCAAAAAUGCAGACCGAGUCAAAGUGGUUUGCAGACAUGAAGAUGAGAUCCAGCGGGUCAAAGAAGCUGCCCAAAAGAUUGAUAUACCAGGAAUGAGAGUCCUACGAGACCAGCUAUACCCAGUUAAAAUCGACAAUACCAACCGGACAGCAGUCAUAGACGCGGACGGGAACAUCCUAUCAGGAGCAGCUGAAGCCCUAGGGAAAGAGAAUAAUGUCAGCAUUGCUAAGAUCUCCUGGCUCAGUAAGAAGGACUCAAACAAGGCAUAUGGAUCAAUGGUGGUUUACACCACCAAAGGAAGCGAUGCCACACGGCUGCUGAGAGACCAAUAUUUUGACAUAGCCGGAGAAUCAGCAUACACUCGACCUUUUGAACCGCGGAUAGGGCCGACCCAAUGUUAUAACUGUCAAAAGAUGGGCCACAAAGCAUUCUCCUGCAAGAAGAAACAGACAUGUGCUAAAUGUGCUGCAGAGGGACACUAUUACAGUACCUGCCAGGCUGUAGUCCUGAAAUGCGUUCUUUGUGGAGGACCUCAUGAGUCAUUCAGCGGAAACUGCCAUAGAAUAUGGAGUGGUGGCGGUAUCCGAGCCAUAUGCGCGGAUAAUUGA